AGUAAGUGAGUGAGAAGGAUGAAAUGGUGAAGUAUUAACGAUGAGGUCUCUCUAUGUUUGUCUUUCUGCAGUCCUGCUGUCAGUCUCAGUACGGGGUCACACGGAUUCUGCUAAUGGUUGGUCAAUGACAAUCGCGGAUGGAGUGAGGGCUGAGGAAGGAGGCUCCGCUGUCUUACCCUGCAGCUUCACCCACCCUGACGCUCACCUCACACUUACCGGCUCCAUCUUAUGGCACAAGGCGGAAACACAGGCUUUAAUCUUUAAGUGUACAUAUCCUGGUCCAGACCAUUCCCAGGGUGAGCUGUGUGAGAAUGUGAGACAGCGGGAUGGUAGGAAUCGAUUCAGAUUCGUGGGGAACCUCAGCAACAAAGAUGCCUCAAUAAUGAUGGAGGGACUGAACCAGGAGGAUGCUGGUUCCUAUCGGUGUCGUGUGGAGCUCAAUAUUAACAAUUUUGGAUCUGGAAAAGGAACACGCCUGGAAGUGGAAGCUUCUCAGGAAAAUGUCUCAGUGGUGAGUGGGACAGAGGGAGAUUCAGUCACUUUACCCUGUAUCUUCAGGCGCUGGGACUCCCACGUACUGACCAAUGUUACCUGGAUGAGGAAGGAGCCUUACCAACACAUCGUUACAUUUACAGCCCAAUCACAGGGAAAUUGGACAACUGGACACGGUGGAAAUCGGUACGAGCUCAUCGGGAACCCAGAGGAGGGAAACGCCUCGACCAGGAUAAACCAGCUGAGAGUGAGGGACAAUCACACUUACCUUUGUCUGGUGGAAUACAGAUCAAGACGCAAUCUUUUGUAUCUGAUCCAGAAAGAGACUCGGCUGCAGGUACAUGGUAAGAAACCGUUCCCACAUUCUUCAGCCUGUAGAAGGUGCACAGUGAGAGUGGAACAGAUUCUGUGA